GGACAGGCUGGAUUGAAGGGCUGAGGGUAAAGGCCAAGUGUCAUGUCCUACACUUUUGUCACAGAAACCCUGUUGAAUGUUCCAGGCUGGGGGAAGAGAGGCCCGAAAGCUGAGAAAGGUCAUGGGCGUGCUGGGGAGAGCAGCUGAACAGGAGCCAAGGUGGACAAAAGGCCGAUGGCACCUGGGCUGUACCAGCAUUGGUGUGGCCACAGGCCCAUCCCCUGUUCUGACACUGCUGGGCCAGCUCCAGCAGUGGAGGUGGCCUCUACUCUACCUGGGGACAAAUCUGGAGCCCUCAUGGCAACAAGGGCUGUCCAAAGAAGGGAAUGGAGCAGAGGAAGGGUCUGGAGCACUGGGAGGAGCUGGGGGGGUGGCUCAGCCUGGACUAAAGGAGGCCUGGGGGGACCCUCUGGCUCUCCACAACUCCUUGACAGGAGGGUGCAACCAGGAGCUGUGUCAGGCUCUGCUGCCAGGGAACAAGGGCUGGGACAAGAGAAAACAGCCUCAAGCUCUGCUAGGGGAAGUUGAGAUUGGACAUGAGGAGGAAUUUUUUCAUUGAAAGUGUUGUCAGACAUCAGAAGGGGCUGCUGAGAAAGGUGGUGGAGUCCCCAGCCCUGGAGGUGUCCAAGGAAUAACUGGACAUGGCACUCUGGUCUGGGUGAUGAGGUGGGUAUUGGUCACAGGUCGGGCUCAAUGAUCCUGGAGGUCUUUUCUAACCUGAGUGACUCUGAAAUCCCUCUGGCUCCUUUCCCAGCUCUGCUCCAGGACCGCCCCAUUCCUCCCUGUAGCUCAGCAACCACUUGCCAGCCCAGCCCUGACACUGCCUCUGCUGUUCCGGGUCUCCCGGGACUCUCAGAGCCAUGGAGCCCGCAGGGCGCCGCGCUGCCCAGGGAGGGGAGGGAGGUUUUGGUGGGGGACGGGUCCUGAAGCCCUAUGACAGCUUCAUCCGCACCCACCUGCGCUUCUAUGGCUACUUCCGAGGUGAGGCCUGGCCGCUGUGCCCUCCUGUCCCUGGGCUGUGUCCCCUCCUGUCCCCUGGCUGCAGCGCUGCUCUCCCCAAGAUGAGAAGACGGGCAGAGAAGAGACUGCCAUGUCCCCGGGGGAACCCUCCGGGCAGCAUCCCAAGGCAUCCACCAGCCCUGGCUGUCAACGAGGCCCUGGGCACGAGCCAAACCCCCUGGAGGUCUCCAGGAGAAGCACAGGCUCCAUUCUCCCUCCCCGCUCCCUGCUGGCCUGUGGAGUGUGAAGUCAUCCAGGAGACGAUUGAGCACAUCGAGUGGGUCCCCCCCAAACCAGAGCCCUUCUGCCCUCCCAUGGGCCCGGAGCAGGCCCUGUACACCCUCGGUGAGGAGCAGGGCACUGUCGUCUACCACUGCAGCCCAGCACUCCAAGGCUCCUGCUUUACCCGUGCUCGGGUUGGAGGAGCCCCAGGACCACUCUCCUCGCCAGCAGCUCCCUUAGAGGGUCCCCAGGACACCACGCUGCUCUUCGAGUCCCGCUUUGAGAGUGGGAACCUCCAGAAGGCCAUCAAGGUGGGUCCCUACGAGUACGUGCUGAUGCUGCGGCCAGACCUGUACACGGCCAAACACACACAGUGGUUCUACUUCCGCGUCCAAAACACGCGCCAGGAGCCGCUCUACCGCUUCACCAUCGCCAACAUGGCCAAGCCCAAGAGCCUCUACGGCCAGGGCCUGCAGCCCCUGCUCUACUCCCAGCGGGACGCCCAGAGCCGUGGCAUAGGCUGGCGCCGGGUCGGGACCGACGUCCGCUACUACCGUGGCAGUGCAGGGGAGCCGCCGACGUCGCGGCUCAGCUGGAGCGUGCGCUUCCCGCACGACGGCGACACGUGCUUCUUCGCCGCCUGCUACCCCUACACCUACUCGGAGCUGCAGCGCUACCUGCGCGCGCUGGCGGCCGACCCGGCGUGCUCCCGCUUCUGCACGGUGCAGGCGCUGUGCCGCAGCCUGGCCGGCAACACCGUCCACCUGCUGACCGUCACCGGCCCGGGCGGCACGGCCGGCAAGCGGGCGGUGGUGGCGAGCGCCCGCGUGCACCCCAGCGAGAGCGGCGGCUCCUGGGCCAUGAGGGGAUUCCUGGAUUUCCUGCUGAGCGCCCACGAGGACGCGCAGCUCCUGCGCCGCCUCUUCGUCUUCAAGGUGGUGCCGAUGCUCAACCCUGACGGGGUGGUGGUGGGCAACUCCCGCUGCUCCCUGGCGGGACGGGAUCCCAACAGGGCCUACGGGAAGGCGCUUCCCGGCUGCUUCCCCGGCGUGUGGCACCUGCGGGCCAUGGUCCAGAGGGUGCUGGCGGAGCGGGAGGUGGUGCUGUACUGCGACUUCCACGGGCACAGCCGGAAGCACAACGUCUUCAUGUACGGCUGCGAUGCCGGCGGGGACACCGGGACACGGCUGCGCCAGCGCGCGUUCCCCCUGAUGCUGAGCAAAAACGCCCCCAACAAGUUCUCCUUCUCCAGCUGCAAGUACCAGGUGCAGAAGAGCAAAGAGGGCACAGGCCGGGUCUCCCUGUGGCGCCUGGGCGUCUCCCACAGCUACACCCUAGAGGUGGCCUUCAGCGGCUCCACGCUGGGUGGGAGGAGCUCCCACUUUAAUGUGGAGGACCUCGAGUCACUGGGCCGCCUCCUCUGUGACACUCUGCUGGACUUCUGCGACCCUGCCCCCGCCAAGGUGGGCUUGGACCUGGCCCAGGGUGCCCCGGUGCCGUGGGACCACGGUGACACCGCGGCCCUGGCACUGUCCCGCAGCUCCAGCAGUGCCUGGUGGAGGCGGAGGCGCUGCUGCAGCGGCAGAUGGGUCGUGAGCCAGGCUCUGGAGGCAGCUGGAGCCAUGUGUCCCCCUCAGAGCUCGAGUCCAGGUAUGUCAUCUCCUGUCACCUCAUGUCACCCGUGCUGCCACUGGGGGCUGCAGAUGGUUCUUUCCCCCUGCAGCACCAGUGGCUCCGACAGCUCCGUGUCCGAAGGGAUCCCAGAUGACUUCCACAGCCCCGAGCGCCCAGUGGAGCCACGCAGGAAGAAGCAGCUGCGGAAACGGAGAGCAAGGAAUGUCCUGUGCCGAACAAACCGGAGCCAAUCCAGCAUCCCGGCUGGGACCCGCAGGCCUCCAGCUCCUCCUGGUGUCCAGAGCGGAGGUGGCAGUGCAGGAGAGAAGCCCAGAGCCAGCUCCAGUGUCACCUUUCCCAGGGCAGCUGGAGCAGGGAAUGGCCCCCGUGCCAGCAGGGGCGAGGUGCCUGGAGCUGACUCUGGAGUGACCCUUCCCAGGGCAGCUGGAGCAGGGAAUGGCUGCUGUGCCACCAUGGGACAGCAUCAGCCAGACCGUGGCACAAGCGCUGUGACACGUCGCAAGCCACCACUGAGCCCCUGCCACCGUGCUGCCACCAGGGACCCUUCCCGGGAUGCAGGAGCGAUCCUGGGGCCACCCAGGCAGCGGGGCGGGUGCGGGGACAGGGCACGUCCCCUCUCUGUCCGUGCAGCGGCCCCGCGCUGCUGCGCCUGCGCUCGCCAGUAAAGGUGCUGCCACCUCCAUGUCCGUGCCUGGUGCUGCCUGUUCGCAUUGUCAUGUCCCCUCCGGGGUCCUCUUGUCCCCGGGCCCGGCCAGAGUCUGCUGGCACCCAACCCCGAGCCACCAUGGCGUCAGCCUACGCCUGUGGUGCUACCUGGGGCCCUGCCACCACGGUGUCACCUCUGUUGUCACCUCAGCCCUGCCACCACGGUGUCACCUCGGGCUCUGGGGAUGUGGUGUCACUAGCUCCCCCACCCAGGUGCCUCCUGAGCCCUGUCGCCCGCUGUUCCCCCGUACCGCGGUGUCCCCGCAGGCU